AUGAGACGGAGCAGGCGACCAAAGAGGAGGGAGUGGAUAGCAGUAGCAGCGGUGGCAGCAGCAGCAGCAGCGGUGGCAGCAGCAGCAGCAGCAGCAGCAGCGACAGCGGCAGCAGCAGAAGGGGAAGCGGCCAGUGGUGGCACUCCUCUCCUUCAAUCGCCUCCUCCUUUCUUGCCCCUCCCUCCCUCCCUCCCUCCCUCCCUCCCUCCCUCCCUCCCUCCCUCCCUCCCUCCCUCCCUCCCUCCCUCCCUCCCUCCCUCCCUCCCUCCCUCCCUCACUCCCUCCCUCUCUUCCUCCCUCCCUCCCUCCCUCCCUCCCUCCCUCUCUCCCUCCCUCCCUCCCUCCCUCCCUCCCUCCCUCCCUCCCUCCCUCCCUCCCUCCCUCCCUCCCUCCCUCCCUCCCUCCCUCCCUCCCUCCCUCCCUCCUGCUGCCUCUGCCACUCCCCCCCCCCCCCCCACCCACCUCAUUCCCACCCCAUCCCUUGCCCAACCCCCAUCCCGCCUCCACCUUUCAUCUCUUCCCUUCUCCCCCCCAACCAACAGGCUGCUGCCACCUGGCUCUCUCUGGCUGCGUCAGCACCGCACUGAUGACGUGGCAUGGCUUGCAGGGCUCAUGGCGCGCCACGUCCUCAUGCACACUCCCGAUGGUUCCACAUCAAAGCCAUUAGCCACGUCAGGCCAGCCAUUAGCCACGUCAGGCCAGCCACUAGCCACGUCAGGCCAGCCAUUAACCACGUCAGGUCAGCCACUAGCCACGUCAGGCGCAGUCUCAGCACCUGGAGAUUCAUCCGAGCUGGAGCAGAGGGAGACGCAAGAGAAUACGCAGUGGUCGGGAUGGGUGCAGCUCUUCUCACAUCUGUCAAGAAAGGUCACCUUUCACAUGCACCGGGUCCUCCUCCACAUCAGCCACUCACUGCCUGCCACGUCACAUGCUGCUGCCACAUCACACACUGCUGCCACGUCACACACUGCUGCCACGUCACACACUGCUGCCACGUCACAUACUGAUGCGCCUGCCACGUCAGCUCCCGAAGCUGCAACCACCACUGCCGCUGUCACGAGAACUGGCAUCAACACCAUCGUCACACACCCUUCCUCCAUCCCUUCCCUCCCCUCCCCUUCCUCCCUCCCCUCCCUCUCCUCCUCUUCCUCCCUCUCCUCCCUCCCCCACCUCUCCUCCCUCUCCACCUCCUUCCCCUCCUGCGACUCCCUCGCCCCCCUUUCCUCCUCCUCAUCUUCCUCCCCCUCCUCUCCCUCCUUCCUCUACCCCUUCUCCCCUCCCUCCACCCCAGCCCCCGCCACCACCACCACCACCGGCUCCAGCCGUGAUUGCAAUUCGUCUCUGCAUCCUGCUAAUCACCGUCCCCUUUCUUUCCCUUUUUCUCUGUUUCUCUUCCCCUGCUCUGUAUGUUUUCCUGUUGUUGCCGUCCCUCUUCCCCAUCUUCCCCAUCUUCCCCGUCCUCCCAUCCUCCACGCCACACCUUAUCGCCAUUCCUCCGCUCCUCAGUCCCCUCUCCUCCUAGCCCCCCGGGCCCCCCUCCCCCACCUCCUCUUCCGCCUCCCGCACCCCCCCCCGACCCACUACCCCUUACUGCCCCCAUUUGGGGAUCUCAACUCCCCUGCAUCCCCCCCUCCCUCCCCCCCUUCACCACCAUCUCCCCCCGUUCCUCCUCCCUCCCCUCCCCUGCCUUCCCCCCCUCCUUCCCCCCUUGCCCCUCCUUCCCCUCCCUUUUCUCCUCCCUUUCCGCCCCCAUCACCUCCCUCCCCCUUUCUCUCCUCCCCUCUGUCCCCCCCUCUUGGUGAUAUGAACUCCCCCACCUCCCCUCCCCCUUCCCCUCCCCGACCCCCCUCCCCCCCUGCUCCUCCCCCUCCGCGCUCCCCCCCUCCUCUCCGCCUUCCCCUUCGCCCUCAGCGCCCCCUCCCCAAGAACCCCCUGCGCUUCCUUCCCCUCCCCCUCCUCCCCCUUCCCCCUCCCCGUCCCCUCCCCUAUCCCCCCGCCCCCCUCGCAUUCCGCCUAGCCCACCCCCCGUCUCUCCCCCUUCCCCUGCCUCUCCCCCGCCUCCCUUCCCCUCCCCCCCUGCGCGCACACACCCCCCACCUGCCAACUCUAACGAUAUGGGUAAUGCCACAGAGCCUCCCCCUCCUUCACUCCCUAAUCCCCCCCCUCCCUCACUCCCUAAUCCCCCCCCUCCUCCUACUCUUCUCCCCCCUCCUCCUGCCCCUGCUCCCCCACCCUCCCCAUCCCCUCCACCCCACUCUCCCCCAUUUCCCCCCACCCCCCCGUCCGUCUCACCCCCCUCACCUCCCCCCUCUCCUCCUUACACCCUCGGUCCUAUCCUCCCUGCUCCCGUUCUCUCCCCUCCCCAACCCCCUCCCUACCCCCCUCCCCAACCCCCUCCGCACCCCCCUCCUCCUUUCCCUCCUCCAGGCUUCCCCCCUUCUCCCCCCAUUUCUCUCCUCCCUCCCUCGCCUCCAAAAAAGCCUUCCCCCCCUCUCUCUCCUCCCUCCCCCCCCUCCUCUCGUACCCUCACCACCCCUCGCAAAGCCACCUGCCAACUCUCCCGCAACAGAACCCCCGCCAGUCAAACCACCACCGCUACAACCGUCACCUGAAAAACCGCCUGCUCCAGCACCAAAAGCACCUGAAAUACCACCUGCUCCAGCGCCAAAAGCACCUGAAAAACCACCUGCGCCAGCACCAGCAGCACCGCCGCCACACCCGGCGUUCCUACCCCACCCCAACUCCUCCCACGCCCCUGUCACCAUCUGGAGCCCUCCCCCCUCGCCUGUGCUGCCGCCCCCUUCGCCUGUGCUUCCGCCCCCUUCGCCCGUGCUGCCGCCCCCGUCACUUCCGCUGCCGCCCCCACCGCCGGAUAGCAGAAAUUGUCCCCCCUGCCCAAACACCUACGUCCUCCUCCCCUCCCCCACCCCCUCCUCCGCCUCCCCCGCCGUCCCCCCCUCCGCCCCUCCGCCCUGCACCUGCGGUCUCCCCAUGACCGUGGUCAUGAAGCUCUAUUGCGGCUUCGAUUCCUUCCUCCUCAACCUCCCGGCCUUCACUGCGCAGACUGCCACUUCACUCGUACUACAGAAGGAACAAGUGGAGCUCUAUUGCGGCUUCGACUCCUUCCUCCUCAACCUCCCCGCCUUCACUGCCCAGACGGCCGCCUCGCUCACACUUGUGAAAGAGCAAGUGGAGGUGAGUCAGCGGGUGUGCGGUUGGGCUGAGUGGGUUAUUCACCCUGCGGCCUCCCUUCCCAUGGUGGUGGUCAUGAAGCUCUAUUGCGGCUUCGAUUCCUUCCUCCUCAACCUCCCCGCUUUCACCGCCCAGUCGGCAACCUCCCUCGCACUGCAGCAAGAGCAGGUGGAGGUGAGUCAGUCAGCGGCUCUAUUGCGGCUUCGAUUCCUUCCUCCUCAACCUCCCAGCCUUCACUGCCCAGACGGCUACCUCCCUUGUGCUGCAGAGGGAACAAGUGGAGGUGAGUCUCAGCUGAAUGCAAGCUCAUUCUCUGUUCACACCUUCGGCCUCCCCAUGCUGGUCGUCAUGAAGCUCUAUUGCGGCUUCGAUUCCUUCCUCCUAAACCUCCCCGCCUUCACUGCCCAGACGGCUACCUCCCUUGUGCUGCAGAGGGAACAGGUGGAGCUCUAUUGCGGCUUCGACUCCUUCCUCCUCAACCUCCCGGCCUUCACUGCUCAGACGGCUACCUUGCUCACGCUUGAGAAGGAGCAAGUGGAGCUCUAUUGCGGCUUCGACUCCUUCCUCCUCAACCUCCCGGCCUUCACUGCCCAGACGGCUACCUUGCUCACGCUUGAGAAGGAGCAAGUGGAGGUGUGGACAGUCAACUAUGACCCUGAUCCUGCCCCUCUUCCCCCACUUGUAACCCGGUUACCACAUGCCGUGCAGUCCUCCUCCUCCUCCUCCUCCCGCCCGCCACCUGCCACAGCCGCCCGGCAGCAGCCAAUCACGGACCGGCUGAGUGCAGCAGAGGUGGAUCGCAUCCGACGGCUGCUGUUGAGCGGAUCGCUGGUGCUCGACCGGCAGCUGUUUGGGGCGUAUGAGGUCAUUCUGGUGCUCAAACCAGUUGUGGGGAGGGGUCAUCACCUGUUGAGUGGAUCGUUGGUGCUGGACUGGCAGUUGUUAGGGGCGUAUGAGGUCAUUCUGGUGCUCAACCCAGGUGAGAGUGAUAGAGGGCUGAUCAGUUGUGGGGAGGGGUCAUCACCUGUUGAGUGGAUCGUUGUUGUGGGGAGGGGUCAUCACCUGUUGAGUGGAUCGUUGGUGCUGGACUGGCUGUUGUUAGGGGCGUAUGAGGUCAUUCUGGUGCUCAACCCAGGUGAACGCCCGCCUCUGCCCCCGCCUCUGCUUCCCCCCUCCACCUCUCCCGCCCCUCCUACCUCCUCCUCCGCCUCCUCCUCCUCCCCGUUCUCCCCCUCGCCUCCCUCCACUCCACCCCCUCCUGCCCCCGGGGGCAUGCCUUAUUGGAAGGUCAUGCUUAUGAUCGUUCUCCCUGCGUUGAUCCUCGCGAUUAUUACUCUCUGUGUGGCGGUGUGGUGCGUGAGGAGGAGGCCUUGGGAGAAGGCAGGGAAGGGUGUUGGGAAAUUAGUGGGGAGUUGGAAAGGGAACGGGAAAGGGGGACGAGGAGAGAGGAGAGGAGGGAGGGGAGGAGGGAGGGAGGAGGGAGGGAGGGGGGGAGAAGGGUGGAUGGAGGGCGGGGCGGAGAGGAUAGGGUGGGAACGUGGGGGAAGGUCGGGGCAGCAGGAGGGGGGGGAGGAGUGGGAAGAGCGGAGAGAGAGAGGACGAGGAGGUGUUGUUGGGCGGGUGGGUAGACGCCAGGAGAGGGAAGAGGUGCAGGCGUGGGCUGAAGGGGAGAGUGAUGACGACCAUUACACGCCGCUUGCAUCAGGGGCAGAGAGGCAGUGGACCGGUGGAGGAGUGGCAGCAGCCGGAGCAGCCGGAGCAGCCGGAGCAGCUGGAGCAGGAGCAGGGAUUGCAACUGGUUUAGGGGUAGCAGCAGCAGGAGCAUUUGCAGAAAGAGAAGCAGGAGGAGGAGGAGUAGGCAGAUUAGGAGGAGCAGGAGGAGUAGGAGGAGGAGUAGCAGCAGGCAGGGGAAAAGGAGCCCUAAGAGAAGGGUCCUCUAGAGGAGCCUCUAUGCAAGCCCUAGCCCCUUUUGCUGAAGCAACCUUCUCAUUCUCCCUCUCAGAACUCCACACAGCCACCAGUGGUUUCCACCCGAGCAACCUGAUUGGCCAAGGCGGAUCCAGCCAGGUGUUCCGGGGGUGCUUGCCGGGCGGCAAACUGGUAGCCGUGAAAAGAUUCGAUUCGCCGCCCGGGGCGGAGAGGGAUUUUAUUACGGAGGCGCGGCUUCUGAGCCGGCUGAACCACAAGAACGUGGUGAAGCUUCUGGGAACCCUCCACCCCCCCACCCUCCCCUCCUCCCACUCCGCCCUCUCCCCUACUCCCACCAUUCUAGACUGGACUACAAGGCUGAAAAUAGCACUGGGGGCGGCCCAGGGGUUAGCUUACCUGCAUGAGGACUCCAGUCCGCAGAUUAUCCACCGCGAUUUAAAGACGUCGAAUAUCCUGCUGGAUGCUGAUUGGACGGCUAGGAUUGCGGAUCUGGGUCUGGCGAGAGUGGUGAGGGAGGUGGGGGGUGGCGGGCGGGGUGGGGGUGGGAGGGGAGGUGGGGAGGGGGCGGCGGGAGAGGAGGGAGAGAAGGGGGAGGAGGGAGCAGAGGCAGAAGAGGGAAGUGGGGAGGUGGGAGGAGGAGGAGGAGGCGAAGGUGGGGGCAAGGGAGGUUUGGAGUCCCACAUGUGCGGCACAUUCGGGUACAUGGCGCCUGAGUAUGCACUCACAGGGCGAGUGGCGACCAAGAGUGACGUGUUCAGCUUCGGUGUCGUGCUGCUGGAAGUGCUCUCCGGCCGCCCUGCCCUCGUGCCUCUGGAUCAAUUUCAGACGGCUGGUGAUGCAGCAGCAGCAGCUGUGGAGGAGAGUGCAGGGGUUGUAAACGGUGCAGAUGGUGCUGUAGGAGCUGUUGCAGAGGGAGCUGGGGCGGCAGCAGCUGAGGAGGAGAGUGCAGCAGUUUUGGAAGGUGCAGGUGCAGCAGCAGCAGGAGCUGCAGGAACUGGAGGGCCAAGGCCGGGUGUAUCGAGCAUCGUGGUCUCUCCUCUUCUCUCCUCUCCUCUUCUCUCCUCUCCUCUUCUCUCCUCUCCUCUUCUCUCCUCUCCUCUUCUCUCCUCUCCUCUUCUCUCCUCUCCUCUCCUCUCCUCUCCUCUUCUCUCCUCUCCUCUCCUCUUCUCUCCUCUCCUCUUCUCUCCUCUCCUCUUCUCUCCUCUCCUCUUCUCUCCUCUCCUCUUCUCUCCUCUCCUCUUCUCUCCUCUCCUCUUCUCUCCUCUCCUCUUCUCUCCUCUCCUCUCCUCUCCUCUCCUCUCCUCUUCUCUCCUCUCCUCUCCUCUCCUCUCCUCUCCUCUCCUCUUCUCUCCUCUCCUCUCCUCUCCUCUCCUCUCCUCUCCUCUCCUCUCCUCUCCUCUUCUCUCCUCGCACAUCUCUGCAUGCAUGCCUGUGCUAAAGCAAGGCCUGCGACACUUCGCCGACCCCCGUCUGGGCGGCAGCUAUCCGCUGGAGGCCAUGGCGCGGGCGGCAGCCAUAGCCAUGAGGUGCGUGUGCUGGGGCCACCAUACCCCUUCCUCUUCCUCUUCCUCUUCCCACGGUGACCUUCCUCUGCACCUUCUCCACUGGAAGCCAUGGCGCAGGCGGCAGCCAAAGCCAUGCGAUGCACGCAGGGAUGCUUUUGAGACUCAUUCUCAUUCCGCCUCUCUCCACCCCUCCGGGCCCCCUUUAACCUCACCGCAACACCUCUCAACCGCUCACCAACCCCUCACCUCCCAACAGCCUAUCACCGCUCUCCACCUCUCCGCACCACUGCACCGACUCCCCCACCGCUCCACACCCCAACCCAUCCCAGGCGAAGCCUCAGCGUCAAGUUCGGAUAUGCCGAACCUGGCAACCCGGUCUGGUUCGGCCGGACCAGUAGUGUUGGACGGACGAGGAGAGGGUGGAGGAUGGGGAGAGGGAGCAGCAGCAGCAGGAGGAGGAGGAGGAGGAGGAGGAGAAGGAGAAGGGAGGGAAACAGCAGCAAGAGGAACAGUUGUGCACCCUCAUGCACAACAGCUAGGAGCAGCAAACAACCCUCCCAACAGAGCCACUCGCUCGCACUCCCACUCCUCCUCUCGCCCCACUCACUCCCACUCCAUCCAGUUCCCGCUCUCCACUCCACACUCUCUCCCCCGCUUCCCCCCCUCUCCCUCUCACUCGCCUCACUCCCAGCUCUCUCACUCGCUCCCCUCUCCCUCCGCCUCCCCUUACCUUACUCAACCUUACACUACAGCCGCCCCCCCUGCCGGCCCCCCUGCUGCCUCCCCCUAUGUCUCCCCUUCCGCCUCCCCAGAUGCCUCCCCCUAUGCUUCCCCCUACGCCACCCCCUCUGCUGCACCCUCCUCCCCCUCUGCUGCUCCGUCCUCCCCCCUGCAUCUGGGUGACUUCUCCCCCCAGUCAAGAGGCGGCAUUCCGAGGCUGCUCAGGAUGAGCAUUCGAGGACUCGACUACAGCUCUUCAUCCCACUUCAUCUGGCUCUUCAUCCCACUUCAUCUGGCUCUUCAUCCCACUACAUCUGGCUCUUCAUCCCACUUCAUCUGGCUCUUCAUCCCACUACAUCUGGCUCUUCAUCCCACUUCAUCUGGCUCUUCAUCCCACUUCAUCUGGCUCUUCAUCCCACUUCAUCUGGCUCUUCAUCCCACUUCAUCUGGCUCUUCAUCCCACUUCAUCUGGCUCUUCAUCCCACUUCAUCUGGCUCUUCAUCCCACUUCAUCUGGCUCUUCAUCCCACUUCAUCUGGCUCUUCAUCCCACUACAUCUGGCUCUUCAUCCCACUUCAUCUGGCUCUUCAUCCCACUACAUCUGGCUCUUCAUCCCACUACAUCUGGCUCUUCAUCCCACUUCAUCUGGCUCUUCAUCCCACUUCAUCUGGCUCUUCAUCCCACUUCAUCUGGCUCUUCAUCCCACUUCAUCUGGCUCUUCAUCCCACUUCAUCUGGCUCUUCAUCCCACUACAUCUGGCUCUUCAUCCCACUUCAUCUGGCUCUUCAUCCCACUACAUCUGGCUCUUCAUCCCACUUCAUCUGGCUCUUCAUCCCACUUCAUCUGGCUCUUCAUCCCACUUCAUCUGGCUCUUCAUCCCACUUCAUCUGGCUCUUCAUCCCACUUCAUCUGGCUCUUCAUCCCACUACAUCUGGCUCUUCAUCCCACUUCAUCUGGCUCUUCAUCCCACUACAUCUGGCUCUUCAUCCCACUUCAUCUGGCUCUUCAUCCCACUUCAUCUGGCUCUUCAUCCCACUUCAUCUGGCUCUUCAUCCCACUUCAUCUGGCUCUUCAUCCCACUACAUCUGGCUCUUCAUCCCACUUCAUCUGGCUCUUCAUCCCACUACAUCUGGCUCUUCAUCCCACUUCAUCUGGCUCUUCAUCCCACUUCAUCUGGCUCUUCAUCCCACUUCAUCUGGCUCUUCAUCCCACUACAUCUGGCUCUUCAUCCCACUUCAUCUGGCUCUUCAUCCCACUACAUCUGGCUCUUCAUCCCACUACAUCUGGCUCUUCAUCCCACUACAUCUGGCUCUUCAUCCCACUACAUCUGGCUCUUCAUCCCACUACAUCUGGCUCUUCAUCCCACUACAUCUGGCUCUUCAUCCCACUACAUCUGA